UUUUUUUUUUUUUUUUUUGGUUCCUGAAAAAAUCUUUGCUUUCUGACCAAAAAUGACGCGUCUGUGUGCAAGACAUUGGAUCGGCAGGAAAUUCGUCCCGAUAGCUGUCAUCCCCGCAAUGGUCUUCCUGUCUGGUCAAUCCGACCCUGUCACAACUCGUUACCCACGUCCGAUGGUCGCCCCAAGUCUGCACUACGAUCUCUACCCAGUCUACUAUUCUCAGUGUGCUGCUGGUGCUCCUUGUCCAGCAGUGUAUAACCUUGUGUGUUUGUUAUUUUUUCCCUCGCCCUUCCAGAUCAUGACUAGAUUUGUUGUUGCUCUUUGAUAUUUUUUUUCCUCUUCUGCAUUGUUGUGUUGCCCUGUCGCUGCUUACUGUUAACUACCAUCUUCUGUACAGUUCUUAUUGUUCCUUCCUCUUUGUACCUCGACCAGUUGUAUAAUCAUCUUUUUAGUCUUUGAUUUUUUCAGUCUCUUCAAUACGCCUCUUUCCCUAUUUAAUUGUACCAAGCUAUACACGACCGUUGUGGAUGCGUGGAUUGUAUUAUAUAUUAGAAAACUGAAUAAAAACAGAUGCAAUAUUGUAUUGCAAACAUGAAGGCAGUUGCGGUC